AUGUCUUUGGGAUGGCUUUCCUCGAGCGGCGGUGAUCACGCUCAGUUCGUUCUCCAGCAGGCUGCGCUGCUCACCAAAUUGGAGUCCAAUGGCAUCCGUGUCCUUCAGUACGACACCGACGAGUUUCGACCUUGGAAGAAUGACCUUUCAAUACCGCCAUAUGUCGCAGUUGCCUCUUGUGCCGUCCUCCUCCUACAACUUCUUUUCCGCUCCAGCCGGGCCGUACGACUACUGCUCGCAAAGGUCUCGCGGUCCAACACAGCGUCGGAAACGGUAGAGGAUAUGGAGUCCACAAGAUAUGAUGGGCAGAGCGCGUCGAAUAUAGCGCGGUUGGGAGGACCGGUCAUGUUCACGUUCAAACUCGUACGCUUCUUCUGCGUUCUCUCCCUUCUCUCCCUCUCCAUCAUGACUCUUCUGGUGUAUGACGAAGACGGAAACCCUCGUGCUCCACUGAAGCCACGUUUGACCGCGUUGGCUCUUGCUGGGGUAUAUGUGUACGCAUCAUUAUUAGCAUUCGUUUCCGUCGUUGCCCGCAGAACCAUAAGCAAUGUUGUCAUCAAGCAUCUCAACACCAUCCUCGUCGUUCUGUGGCUGGUAUAUUCGUACCGAGACCUAUGGCCUCUUGCGACGUACACCCUUACCCCGGGGGACGCUUCGGAAGGUGCCCUGCUGUGGGCGAAGAUUGGCGUGCUCACUUUCACGGCCGUGUUCAUCCCUCUUUUCAUGCCGCGGCAGUACAUUCCAGUCGAUUCAAAGGAUCCUGCUCCUGAACCCAACCCAGAGCAAACAGCGUCAAUCGCGUCCGUGUUGACCUACUGUUUCCUGGACAGCAUCGUCUUCAAGGCGUACAAACUGCCACAUCUCGGUUGGGAUCAACUGCCUCCUCAAGCGGACUACGACUACGCGAAGAAUUUGGUGAAGCGGGCGUUUCCGCACAUGGACCCCUUCCAAGUACACAAGAAGCGACACCUCUUAAUUGGAUUUAUUACCGUAUUUAGGAAUGAGUUCGUUAUUCUCUUCCUGAUGCUGACAUUGCGGGUUGCCGGCAUGUUUGCGAGCCCUGUCGGCAUCUUCCAACUUCUCAAGUACAUCGAAGAAGGAGGCGAAGGCGCUACGGUCCGCCCGUGGUUCUGGGUUUCUUGGCUCUUCAUCGGCCCCGUGCUCGGUUCCGUGGCCAUCCAGUUCUAUAUAUUCACUGCGACUCGCAUGCUCGUUCGCACAGACGCUAUCAUCACUCAACUCAUCUUCGAUCACUCCCUUCGCAUCCGCGUCAAGUCUGAGGCCUCCCCCGAGUCUCCAGCUGCAAGUCGUCCCCCGACUGCGGUGCAUACGCCCGACAACUCUUCCGUCACGGAACCUGCCGACGCCGAGGAGAGCACCGGGAGCGACGAGAACAGACUAAGCGCCGUUAGCGAGUCUGAGACUGUGCGGGCGAGCAUCUACAGCGACGCGUCCACCACCGUCCCUUCGAGCUCCGGUGCGAGCCCGAAGAAGGGCAAAGACAAGAAGAAGAUCGCCGUCAAGGUCGACAACGUCCUGAAGCCGGAUGCAGACGCGGAUGGUGGCAGCAACCUUGUCGGGAAGAUCAACAACCUCGUCACCACCGACUUGCAGAACUUGGGCGAGGGACGAGAAAUCCUUUUCCUCGUUUACUACGGGCCGCUUUCGGUGGUCGUGUCCAUGGUUUUCUUGUAUGCGAUCUUGGACUGGGCUGCCGUGGUUGGUUUCAUAGCUACCAUCGCACUCUUCCCGCUCCCAGGAGUCGUCGCGUCGAAGAUGCAAGCUGUGCAGAAGGAGAGGAUGAAAAAGACCGAUGCCCGGGUGCAAAAUGUCACUGAGACUAUGAACGUCAUCCGGAUGAUCAAGCUCUUUGGAUGGGAGCCACGUGUCGCAGACCGCAUCGGCAACAAGCGCGAAGACGAAUUGUCGUACAUCCGCUGGUACAGGUUCCUUGAGCUCACCAACGGGAACAUCAACUAUCUCAUCCCAAUCGUUACCAUGAUAGUGACUUACUCGACAUAUACUCUCAUCAUGGGCAGGGAACUCACAGCCUCACGAGUGUUUUCUUCCAUGUCCGUGUUCGACAUCAUUCGCAACCAACUGCACACGACUUUUGAUAUGAUUCCCCAGAUGAUCACGGCCAAGGUCUCGCUCGACAGAGUUUCGGCCUUCCUCGAUGACACAGAGCUCCUUGACGAGUUCUCCGAAAGGACUGCUGCCUCCUCGGAAGCCGUUGUCCCGCCUCACACGACCAAGAACCCCACGAUCGGCAUCUGCAGCGCGUCCUUCACGUGGUCGAACGAGAACGACGGCACGCUCACCCCAGGCCCUAACCGUCGCAACUUCACCCUUCGGAUCGACGAAGAGGUCGUUUUUCGUCGAGGGAGGAUCAACCUCAUCGUCGGACCAACCGGCUCUGGCAAGACGUCCCUCCUCAUGGCGCUCUUGGGCGAGCUGCACUACAUCCCCAACGGCCCGGAGUCGUACGUCAGCUUACCGAGGGCCGGGGGCGUGGCAUAUGCGGCGCAAGAGUCGUGGGUCCAGAACGAGACAAUCAGGGACAACAUCCUCUUUGGCUCGCCUUUCGACGAGGAGCGGUACAACAAGGUCAUCGCGCAAUGUGCACUGAAGCGCGACCUCACGCUCUUCGAGGCGGGAGACCAAACGGAAGUCGGCGAGAAAGGCCUCACCUUGUCAGGUGGCCAGAAGGCCCGUAUCACGCUCGCCCGCGCGGUCUAUUCGAAGGCGGAUGUCAUCCUCCUCGACGACGUUCUCGCGGCGCUGGACGUGCACACGGCACGCUGGAUCGUCGACAACUGCAUGAAGGGCGAUCUGCUCAAGGGGCGCACGGUCCUACUCGUGACUCACAAUGUGGCCAUGGCGAGCCCCAUAGCCGAUUUCGUUGUCUCGCUUGGUACCGACGGCCGCGUCGCCAGUCAGGGAUCAUUCUCGAAGGUCAUCGCAAGAGACGACAAGCUCCUGAAGGAGUUCACCCAGGAGCAGGCCGAGCUAGCGAAGGCGGACGUCGACGCAGAAGAUCUAGGCGCCGAGGGCGCCCCUAAAAAGAGUGACGGCAAGCUUAUCCUCAAGGAGGAGGUCUCUGAGGGUCACGUUGGUUGGGAUGCUUUGUCGCUCUACUUGGGUAGCAUGGGAGGCCGCCAUAAUGUGCUCUUUUGGAUCGCGAUCGUGGGCUUCUUCGUCCUGUGCGAGACCUUCAAUACCUUCGAUACCUUCUGGCUUGGGCAUUGGGCCACUCAAUACGAGGAGAACAGCCCUGGGGAGGUCAAUGUGCUAUACUACAUCGUGGUGUACACCAUACUCAUGCUGUUGUCUGUCACUUCCUACUGCAUCGGCUACGUGGUGCACGUGUUCGGUGCCUUGCGGGCGUCGCGCACCAUCCACAAGUCUCUGAUCAACUCAAUCUUGAGCUCUACUCUUCGAUGGCUGGACCAGACACCGGCAUCGCGCAUCAUCACUCGCUGCACCCAAGACAUCCAGAGCGUCGACGGCAUCAUGCCCCGCAACCUGGAGUGGGUCAUCGAGCUCACCAUAGUCCUCGUCAUCAAGUUCCUCGCCGUCGUCUACUUCUCCCCAAUCUUCCUCCUCCCUGGGCUUGUCGUCACCCUCCUCGGCGGCUGGUGCGGCCAGAUCUACAUGAAGGCGCAGCUGUCGGUCAAGCGCGAGAUGAGCAACCACAAGGCGCCCGUCCUCGGUCACUUUGGCGCCGCGAUCUCCGGCCUGGCGAGCAUCCGUGCGUACGGCGCGCAGGAGCGGUUCCGGAUGGAGAGCUACGCCCGCCUCAACAAGUACGUGCGCGCCGGCCGGACGUACUACAACCUCAACCGAUGGGUGUCGCUGCGCGUCGAAGCGCUGGGCGCGUUGUUCGCGGCCGGCCUCGCGUUGUACCUCGUGUACGGAACGAGAGUUCGCGCGGCCAACACCGGGUUCUCCCUCAACAUGGCCGUCGCCUUCAGCAACAUGAUCCUGUGGUGGAUCCGUCUCCUGAACGAGUUCGAGGUCAACGGGAACAGCGUCGAGCGUAUCCAGCAGUAUCUCGACAUCGAGCACGAAAGCGUCCCCGUCAAGGACGCCAUCCCCCCGGCUUACUGGCCUGCGUCCGGAAGCUUGCGGGUUGAGAAGCUCUGCGCGCGGUACUCGACCGAUGGUCCUCGCGUCCUGCACGAGAUCUCGUUCGAGGUCAAGGCCGGGGAGCGCGUCGGUAUCGUCGGCCGCACGGGAAGCGGGAAGAGCUCGUUGACGCUCGCGCUCCUCCGUCUCAUCCUCACGGAGGGCAAGGUGUACUACGACGGGAUCGCCACGGACUCAAUCAACCUGGAUGCGCUCCGGUCGAACAUCACCAUCAUCCCCCAAGUCCCGGAGCUGCUCAGCGGAACGUUGCGGCAGAACCUGGAUCCGUUCUCGCAGUACGACGACGUCGUCCUCAACGACGCUUUGCGGGCGGCCGGGCUGUUCUCGCUGCAAGACGAGACAGACGAGGGGAGGAUCACGCUGGAUUCACCGAUCUCGAGCGGGGGGAGCAACUUGUCGGUCGGCCAGAGGCAGAUCCUUGCGCUCGCGCGAGCGAUCGUGCGCCAGAGCAAGCUGCUGAUCUUGGACGAGGCGACGUCGGCGAUCGAUUACGAGACGGACGAGAUCAUCCAGCAGUCGCUCCGGCAGGAGCUGGGGUCGGACGUGACGCUGCUGACGAUCGCGCACCGUCUGCAGACGAUCAUGGACGCCGACAAGAUCCUUGUGCUAGAUGGGGGGAACAUCGUGGAGUUUGGCGCACCAGCGGAGUUGUUGAAGAACGAACAAGGCACUCUUCGCGCUCUGGUAGACGAGAGUGGGGACAAGGAGAAGCUUUACGAGAUGGCGAAGGCGUCGUCAAGAUCAUAG